UUAAAGUUAGCUUCACGUGCAUAGAUUCGUCGUUUGUUCAGAAGAAAUUACAAUGAAAGUUUAAUUACAUAUCAUAUUACAAUGACUCGAUUAAUUUUUAAGGUAAGUAACUGGUCCAAGAUUUAUUUGCAAUGUGUUAUUUACGUAUCCACCUGACAAACCAUAUAUCUUUUAUCGUACUCGUGAUAUUUGAUUGCGUCUCAUUUUACAUAUUACUUUUGUAAAAUUAGUUUUUAAUUUUAUAAUUUUAUUUGUAUCUAUAUGUUAAGCGUGUAACUCCGAUUAUUGGUUUGCUCUCUUUAGAAUGUGUGCUUGAUAAGGACCUAAACCCUUGGUCGAAACGUCGCAUUGUAAUUGUUCAAAAAAUAUUUUCAACAUCUGACUUUCAUUCCCGACUGCUGCCAACCGAGGGUUGGCGCUACGGAGGGAAUAUGCGAAUUCGUUAUCGAUAUUCUCGAUAACUACAACAUCUCUUGAUGUCAACUUUUUCCCCAUUUACUUUCUUAUUAACGAAGAAUCGUUUUUUCUGUAUAACAUUGUAACAUCCAAUUUUAUGUCUUCUGUUUACGUGCGUAUGAAAAAAUAUGUAUUAUAAGCGAUAUACAUGUAGCAAAGAAUCCAUGUAAGAUAGUUACGUAAUCUUGCAAUUUACAGCACAACGCAUUGCUUUCAUCAGCGAUAGUUUCGUUAUCUACCGCGCUCUUUAUCCUCAAUCACUGUCUCUCACUUUCGCCGCGUCGCGUUUCCCGACGUUACAGCGCGCGGUUUCUCUCUGGCUAAGAACGGUCUCCUCUUUUCCGAGAGAGGACCUUUUGGCGCUCGGCUCGGGGGUUUCUGCUCGGCUUGUCGUCCUCGUCGGGACUCUGUGAGGAGACGGAAGAUUUAGGAGCGACAGUGAUCCCGGGUGAGAGCUUCCAGCCGAGGUCAGUCGUCUCUGUGUGUGCGUGCGUGAGUGUGAGCUACGCACACUCGUGAACAAUGACAGUCCGUCCGCUCGGGCAGCGUCGAGAGCACUCGUGAGCCGAGAGGAAGGCCCUGUCCGUCCGUCGAACAUAUGAUCGUAGCCCCGUCGAGGGCGCGCGUCGACGCGAGACAACGUCGUCGGUUUCCGGGAAGCGCGAUCGUUCGCCUUCCGUUUCCCCGCCCCGCCGCGGCCCGCGGCCGACCUUAAGUCAGUCCUCGGGCCGACUCGCGCGCGUGCCACUCGCGGAAAUGACAAAGCGCGGCCAGCUCGCGCGUCAGCAGUGAAGGCCGCUCGCGAUCCUCGCGGACGAAUCCCGGUAAUCCCGUGCGGUAGCAAGCGGAGCCGCGCCGUCAGACAUGAGUUCCGUCUGGAAGCGCCUGCAGCGGGUCAACAAGAGAGCCGCCAAGUUCCAGUUCACCGUCUCCUACCACGAGGUCACGCUAGAGACGACGACCAAGUGGAAACCAAACAAGCUGAGCGUUGUUUGGACAAGACGUAGUAGGAGAGUCAGCUCGGAGCCGUUAGACUGGGAGCCAUGCCUGAGCGAUCCUCUCAAAGGCAUCAUCAGCUGGGCGGUCCCUGACAAUCACACGGUUUCUGUGACACUGUUCAAGGAUCCACGGACGCACGAGCUCGAGGACAAGGACUGGACGUUCGUUAUCGAAGACGUCUCGUCAACGGGAAAGAGGCGUCAUGUCGCUGCCACUAAUAUAAAUAUGAAAAAAUAUGCGACCCUAGAAUCUAGUCAACAACAACUCAAAUUGGACCUGAAGCCAACUUCUAAAAAGAUCGUUAGCUCCACGCUCGAAUGCACUUUAUCAUGCGUGUUCCUGCGAGAGGGCAAGGCGACGGACGAGGAUAUGCAAAGUAUGGCUAGUUUAAUGUCGGUUAAUAACAAUAGCGACAUUGCGCCGUUAGAUGAUUUUGAUAACGAAGAUAUACCUGAAGACGUUGAAGAAGUGUCGGUAAAAAAUUUGGACGAGAUUUUAGAUAUUUCAACUCAGCUUGAUUUAAUGACGAGCAGUCUUACCGAAAGUGAAUUACCCAGUACACCUAUAAGUGUGGCGAGUUUAUCAAAGGAUGAUACGACACCUGUGAACGAUGGAGAGCAUUUUAUACGUGACAUUAGUCUAACAGGAAUUGGAGAUCCCCUGAAAGAAAAAUCACCCGUAAAAGAUAAUGUUGCCGUGGAAAAUGAUAAAAAUAUUGAGCAUAGCACAUUGAGACUGCCGCUGCAACCGUUGGAUCUUAAAAAGAAUGACGCGAAUAUUCCAAGACUGAAAGAGAUUACGCCCGGCCAAGACCUGUUGGAAUGGUGUAAGGAAGUCACAAAGGAUUAUCCCGGCGUCAAAGUCACCAAUCUGACGACAUCUUGGAGAAACGGAAUGGCGUUUUGCGCCAUUAUUCGUCACUUCAGACCUGAUCUGAUAGACAUCGACUCCCUGUUGCCGCACGAUGUUAAAGGCAACUGCAAGAAAGCGUUCGACGCGGGUGAGACUCUGGGCAUACCCAGAGUUAUCGAGCCAGCUGACAUGGAUAUAUUAACGGUACCUGAUAAAUUAGCUGUGAUGACGUAUUUGUAUCAAUUGAGAGCGCAUUUUACGGGCCACGAAUUGGAGGUACAUCAAAUAGGUAAAACAACAGACGAAUCAUCUUACAUGAUUGGCAGAUUUAAUACAGACAACAACACUGACGUAAGUGUUCAACUGUUUGGGCAGGAGAUAAUUAAUUUACGGAAAAAAGAGCAGAUCGAUCAGAAAAACAAUAAAGCGGAGAGUAACAGACGGUCGAACCCGUUCGAUAAUAAGAAGGACGAUAUUUGCAUCGACUCGCUAAAAAACAAGCUGCACUUGAGCCUGAACACGGACGGUCAGGAUCACGAUCAAUAUAACAAGGACAAAUCGCCGUCCAGCGUGAAGGAGGUCAAGGAUAUCAUAUUGGCCAGCUCAAAGAGCAUCCUGGGCAAGGUGCUGUCGCCGACCAAGGAAAAAUACUCGUCGAGGGAGAAGAGCAAGUCUCCGCCGAGAGUGCAACAAGCGCAGCAACGUCCGAUACUUAUGACACGCCGGCAAUUAACCGAUCCGUUCGGCUCCGACGACGAAGAGGAGAACAUACAGAUAAUCGACGACAAAUGGUCGCAAUCGAUCUCGCUUACCAAAUCGCAAAGUCCGAUCCGUGAUGACUCGGUAAACUCUGACGAUAGAGGAAGUCGAGGUAGUUCCGAAUGUCAAGGUGCAUCGCCGCCGUAUGGAGAACAACGUUCACAACAUCCUUUAGCUAGCCGACACGAUGAAUUACGAGAGCGAGCAAGACAACUCCUAGAACAAGCCAGGAAUCAGACGAAGCCAUCCGGGUUUGUUUCCCCCACCAGUCCUGUCGAGACACAGAACGACGACGAAAGGCAACAGCAGUUGAGGGAAAGGGCGAGACGCUUGAUAGCAGAAGUGAAAAUGGGCGUCGCUGUGACUCCGAGUCAACUGAACGACGACAACAAUAGUGACAGACGAUCGAUAGACGAUCAGAAUAAUAGCCCUAGACGGAGUAUCACGCCGUCGACACCCGGUGAUCGGAUCAGUAUAAAGUCUGAGUACAAUGGAAAUAUAUUGGGGAACUCGAGUGUGAUAGAUGGAGAAAAGAAAACUGGUUCACCUCUGUAUUCCUUCUCCAAAAUCAUUGAAAGAAUCUCGCCCGAUAAGGGCAGUCCAGACAGAACUCCGUACACACUUCGAGGGUUGGGUAAAGACAUGACAUCAUAUAUUCAAAACGAGCUCGAAGCACUUGAAAGAGAACAGAAUCAGAUUGACAUACAAGCUGGCAAGCUUGAAAAGCAAUUGAGAGCAGCCAUGGAGAGCGAUAACGAGGACGAAACGGAAAGACUGAUGUCUCUAUGGUUCACACUUGUUAACAAAAAAAAUGCGCUCUUAAGAAGACAGAUGCAAUUAAACAUAUUGGAAAAAGAAGAUGAUUUAGAGCGAAGAUUUGAGCUCUUGAAUCACGAAUUAAGAAGCAUCCUCGCGGUGGAAGAUUGGCGGAAAACACCCGAACAAAAAAUGCGUGAAAAUUUAUUGUUGGAGGAAUUAGUGUCUAUUGUGAACAAAAGGGAUGAAUUAGUGCAUCAUCUCGAUACACAAGAGAGAGCCAUUGAGGACGAUGACGAAAUAGAGCGCGAUUUAUCUCGCGCUGGACUAGCUCAACGAAACAAAAAUUGCGUUGUGCAAUGAGGAGUUAAUUGUGUAUCACGUUUUUUCGAUACUAUUGUGAAGGCAUGACCCAUGUUGCUGUGGUGUUGCCAAAAAAUCAACAGAAUUAGGUGUUGGAGAGCUAAGUGUGACAUUUCAUGGUUACUAGUUACGAACAGGUCUUUUUUUAGAAAUGCAUUUUUUUAUUGUGCAUUGUAGAUUAAUUUAUUAAUAGGCAAAUCAAAAGAAUUUCUCCAUUUUUGUUUUUAAUACAAGCUCGUCGAUCAACAAUUCACAACGAAAGCAAGAAAAUAAUUUAAACGUCGGAAAACGUUGAAUCAUCAAAUAAUGAUUAAAUAAUUUUUUGUAUGUUAUCAAGCACUAUAUCGAUUACAUAAUAUGAGCAUUUCAUCCUCGAAGUGAAAUGUUGCUCGUUAAUUGGAUUUUGUGCUACGAAAUGAAAAAUGGUGCAGAACAGUUUACAAUCAAGAAGUAAACGGAAAGAUAUAUAAUUUUCUUUUUUUUCAAAUAAAAUAUGAGGCGAGCAAAAUAAGAGCGCAAAUGAAACGGAGCUCGGAAAGAGUGAAAAUUAGUGAUAAGAAUAUGACGAGAUUCAAGAUCUAAUUACAAAGCUAUUUAGUGUUAUAUAUUUUAAGAGACUUUGUUCAUGUAUAAAUUAGUAGCAGGUUCCAGAGAGUAUAAAUUGAAUACAGUUCUUUCUUGUAAGUGAACUUUAGACAUUUGAUUUAUGUGAGAAAUUAUUGUAUGACUUAAUUAUUAAGAGAUUUAAUACCGGAAAGCCAAAGAAAGUUAAAGUGCAUUGUUAUACAAGAACACGCGAGAGAUACGUAAAACGUAAUUUAGCAAAUAUAUCUCGCGAUAUUAUCGGUGCAAGUCGAUUCACGGAAAAAUAAUGAUGGAACUCUUGCGGAAAGUGAAUCAUGUCAGCGUUAUGUAUAGUUUCGUAUUCGCAACGGUCGUUCCCGUCGAGCAUUCGCAUGUACUCUAUUUGUGCCAUACGAACGAAUUGAUAUACUUUUUACAUCCUAUUUGACGGGUUUGUACGUGCAGGGCAAUGCAACAAAUCCGACAAUCUUAUUGACGGUAAGCAAUUUUAAAAGAAACCGUAGACUAAUUUUUACUAAGACUAAUUCUUAUAUGUGGUAUAUCUGCGUGUAAUAAGACUAUUAUGUUGACUAUAACUUUCUAUAACAAAAUGGUGCGUUAUAUUUAAGUGUUUUGGCUAACGUUAUAUGUGUAUGUAAAAAAAAACCAAAUUUGUCCGCUCAAACAUUUUUCGGUUUAACGGAUCUCGGAGGAAGGGAAUUAUAACGAAUAUUACAUUUGUUGUUCCUUUUGGAACUGGCUGAUAAACUAGUAUCAUUUUUUUAUAACUGCUACAGAAAUGUAUUUCGACGCGAAAUUGUUGAUAAAUAUUGUGACAAAAAGUACAUUUUUCAGCACAAUUGCUCCGUAAUAUGGAGAAUACAGAGCAGGGUUUACCUACUAAAAGCAAUAUAUGGGAUACAGGUGUACAUCUACUUUUCAUAACACAUGAUAAAGUUUUAUUUCUUAACUCUUUCUUUCAUUGUGAUUUCAUCAUGAGGUCACAAAUCUAAUGUUUAGAUAUUGAGAAAAAUACUCUAAUUUUUAAAAUAUCGAUUUCUUUUAUUAAUGUCCGUAGCAUAGGAAAAAAUUUGGAAAAGUCAUAAUUGUGUUUUCAUAGAAUUCAUGAAAUAACGAGUUAAAAAUAGAGCAUAUGGAGAUUAUAGUUGUUUUCUGUGUGUUAUGCUUGACAAUCACAGUGAAUGUUAUCCAAAUUUUCCACUGAGCAAAGUUUUGAAUGUAUUUGUCGAUGCCAUUCUACUUACGAUUCAAUGUAGUAUAAUCUUGAAAUUGAAAUUAUGUUGUCUCUGUUGAAUAAUCUUUGUUGAAAUAAAUUUUGAAUUUUGCGUUAAUGUACAACGCUAUGUAAUUAUUAAAACUGUAUUACAAUAUGUAUGUGUCGAAGAUAUUGCGCGGAUGCUUGAAAUAUUGGAGCGUCGAUACAAUUGCGGACAGUGUGACAAUUGAUUCGGAGAUAUGUAUAUAUGUUCCAAGCAGACCAUAUAAAAUCCUUCUGAAAGCAUCGUAUAAUUAUCGACACGUAUUUAGAGUAUAUGCAAUUAAAGCUUAUGAGAACAUUGGGGAAUUAUCUCCUCUUGACAUCAUAAUAUAUAUCUAUAAUUAAAUCGAGUAUUGUAGCACUUUAAACAAUUUUAUAUUUUUACUUGUAACUUUGCUCCUUGUAUUUUGUUUAUUUCCCGCAGAAAAUUCGUUAAGCUAGAGUCAUAGAAUAUUGCUGAAGUUGGUCCUUAGUAAAAGAGGAGAUAGUUGUUAAAAUAUAUAGGAUUGGAACAUUGAGAAACAAUAGAUGUUCUAAGUUGGAAAGUGAUCUCUGCUCUGUUAGACCGAAUGAAUCGCUCAUUAUACGAUCUCAUUGUGGAGUUCAAUGCAUUCUAAAAUCUAAAUAGGCAAACCAAAUGUAUAUGUAUAUUAUACUGACUUCAACACGGUAUUUGAAUAUCUCGCUGUCUAGGGACAAACGCGACUAGGGGCUAUUGGAUUAAGCGACAAAUAAUUUAGCAAUAAUUUAUUAUUCUAGUGCCUAUGAAUACUGGUAUGUUUAUAAAACUGUAGCACACUGAAUUAACUUUAAUUUAUUUUACUCUGUACUACUAUACGAAAGAAUUAUUGUAAAGAUAAUCGUUCUUGCCAAUGCUAUAGUCUUGUGGAGAUGUACCGUUCUAUUUUCCUUUGCCGAUGUUAAUCGUAAUGUAUGUGAGAGUGCGAGCGAACAAAGGAAAAAAAGAAAACGUAUCACGCAAUAUUCGCCAUUAAUAAGGGAAGACUUAUAAAGCACUGCAGAAGGAAACAAUAAAUAUGAUGUUGAUGAUACUAAGA